AUGGCCGCGCCCGGCGCGUGCACCGCCGCGGCUGGCCCUGCACGGCCUCCGCCGUGCGCCCGCCGCGAUGGCGAUCGCGCGGCGCGACGCGCGUCUUCCUCGAGCCGCGCGGCGCGACGCGCGUCCACCGCGCGCGUCGCCUCCGUCGCGACGUCCACGACGCCGCCCGACAUCUCGAGCGCCGACUUGUCUCGAGAGAGCCUCGUCGCGUGCGGAUGGCACGAGCUCUGCGAGCACCUCGCCGGGUACGCGUCCACGGCGCUCGGCCAGGAGGCGUGCCGGACGCUGCCGCUCCCGUCCGAAGGGCCGUGGGCGUCCGAGGCGCUCCUGGACGAGACCUCCGCGGCGGUCGCGAUGGAGAGCCAUCACGGCGUGUCCCUGGACUUUGGCGGCAUCCUCAGCGCGGAGGUUCGAAGGGCGCUGUACAAAUCGGAGAAGUACGCGUCCCUGGGCGGGGACGAGCUCGCGGCGAUGAUGUCGUUUAUCGCCGCGGUGAAGCGCCUGACCAAAUCCGUGGAAGGGGUGAAAGUGAACGGCGCGCCGCCGCCGGAGUUGGAACCGCUGCGACUGUUGACGUCGACGACGAUCGCGCACGGCGAAGUCGCGGACGCGAUACGCGCGUGCGUGGACGACCAAGGCGGGUUCAAGGACGGCGCGUCGCCGGAACUUCGACGCGCGCGGUCGCAGAAAUCGGCCGCGGAGAGCAAGCUGCGCCGGGCGCUGCAGUCGUUCGGAGGGUCCACGGUGUCGCACCAAGGCCGGAUGGUGCUCGCCGUGGACAAGGCGCCGCCGGGGGCGCUCGUCGUCGGCGUCGCCGCGGGCGGCGCGCUCGUGCUCGUGGAGCCGCCCUCCGUGGUGCUCUUGAACGGCACGCUCGCGCAGGCGAACGCCGCGGAGGAGACCGCGAUCGACGCGGUCAGGAGACGGCUGACGUACGAAGUCGCCGCCGUGUGCGUGGAUUUACUCGCCGCGCUCGACGUCGUGACGCGUCUGGACGUCGUAGCCGCGAAAGCGAGGCAGGCUGCGGCUUUGAACGCGAUACGACCGACGUUCGUGCUACCGCCGGGAGGGUUUAACGCGUACGGCGGCGGGUUCAGCGGAAGCGUGGACGAGGACGAGGCGAACGAAGCGAAAGCCGCGGCGGCGGCGGCGGAGCGGAGCGCAAUGUUUCCGACGCUGAGACCGGGCGACGGCGUCGGCGUGAACGGCGCGAUGGUCGCGGACGACGACGGCGACGACGACGACGACGACGACGACGACGACGACGACGACGACGACGACGACGGUAACGGGCAAGAGCGCGAGCUCCUCGUCGAGCUCGCCGGGUUGAGGCAGCCCGUGCUCGCGGCGCAGGCGAUCAAAGCGCAACGCGCGGCGGCGAGGAAAGCCGCCGCGGAGGCGGCGCGGAAACGAAAGAACACCGCCGCGUCCACCGCCGGCGCGUUCGACUCGUACGACGACGACCUCCUCCUCGGCGGCCGGCUCGCGAGGAACGACCCGAACCGACCGGGCGUCGUGAAGAUCAAAGGCCCCGUCCCCGUGGACGUGUUCGUGCCCUUGAACGCGCGCUGCGUCGUCAUCACCGGCCCGAACACCGGCGGUAAGACCGCGGCGAUGAAAGCCGUCGGCCUCGCCGCGCUCAUGGCCCGCGCCGGACUUUUCAUCCCCGCGGAGACCGCGAAGCUGCCGUGGUUCGACUCCGUGCUCGUGGACAUCGGGGACUCGCAGGACUUGAUGACGUCGCUGAGCACGUUUAGCGCGCGGCUCGCGAAGCAACGCGCGAUUUUAUCCGCCGCUUCGCCCACGUCGCUCGUGCUCAUGGACGAAGUCGGGACCGGGACGUCGCCCGCGGAGGGGUCUGCGAUCGGCGCGGCGCUUCUCGAACGCCUCGCCGGUGUCGCCGGGGGAAACAGCGCGAACGCCGCCGGGCUGACGCUCGCGACGACGCACCACGGGGAGUUGAAAGCGUUAAAGUACGAGCACCCCGGGGGCGUGUUUGAAAACGCCGCGGUGGAGUUCGACGAAGCCCUGCUCGCGCCGACGUAUCGCCUGCUGUGGGGCGUCCCCGGGCGCUCGAGGGCGUUGCAGAUCGCGGAGCGGUUCGGGUUGGAGCCCGACGUCGUGGACGACGCGCGAUCGAUGCUCGGGGAGGGACGCGUCACGCUCGAGAGCACGAUUUCCGCGCUCGAAAUCGCGCGUCGGGGCGCGGACGAGGACAUCGCGACCGCGCGGCGGUUGCUCGCGGAGACGCGCAGGGCGAUUCCCAGGAUCGCCGCCGCCGCGGCGAAGGUCAAGGCUGCGGAGGAGGCGACGGACGUCAAGAUCGCCGCGGGUAUCGCGCGAUUGGCGAGGGAACGACGCGCGGCGCUCGCGGCGGAGGCGCGCGAGAAGGCGUCCGCGGCGGCUCGGGAGCGACGCGCGGACACGAUGAAAACGGGCGCGAUGGACUUCGCCGCCGCCGCCGCCGCGGAGGCGGCGGCUAAGCGCGCGGCGGCCGCCGGCGCCGGCGCCGCCGCGGCCGCGGCCGCGCCGGUCACGCCGAGCGGGUGGAUUCCAGACGUCGGCGCCGACGUCGUCGUCGUCGCCACGGGGAUGGCGGGUAAGGUGAUCGGGACGUCCGGGACGUCGGUCACCGUCCAGGCGGGAAUCAUGAAGCUCACCGUGAACGCGGAGGAUCUCCAAAUGAACGCCGACGCGCCGAAACCGAAGCGUCCGCCCGCGAAGGCGCGGUCGCUCGGCGGGACGCAGGCGGCGAGGCGGGUCAACGCGCUCCUCGGCGGCGGCGGACGGUCGAACGCGCGCGUCCCCGCGCCCGCGACGACGAGCUACGGCGGCGGGUUCGAUUUCGACUUCGACGACGACGAGGGCGGGUUCACGAUCGGCGAUGUCGUGAAGAUCGUCGGCGGCGUGAACAAAGGGAAGAGCGGCACCGUCGUGGACGCGAGUGGCGGCGCGCUCUCGAUUCAAGUCGGGAAGAACACGAUCAAAGCUCCGUUCGAAGCGGUGGAGUCGAAAGAUAAGCCGUCCAAGAUGAAGGUGGGGACGCUGUCGAACAACGGCGGCGGCGGGAAAAAGAGCAAGAAGAAGAAGAAAGGCGGGAGCGGGCUUCCGCGCGCGACGCAGGACCCGGGGAAGCCGGAGUUUAAUCCGUCGAGCGGCGGCGGCGGCGAAGAACAAGACGACGGCGGCAUCAACGCGCUGAUGAACAAGUUCCGUCGGUCGUCGUGA